UCGAGCAUGGUGGAUUUGGUGGCGGAGGAGGAGGAGGAAACAGCCGCUGGGUGGAAGAGUCCCGAGAUGACGGAGACUGGUCCAAACCGACGCCACGCAACGAACGCCUUGAACAUGAGUUGUUCUCCGGCAGUAACACUGGCAUUAACUUUGAGAAAUACGACGACAUUCCUGUUGAGGCUACAGGACAGAACUGUCCUCACCACAUCGAGAGUUUCCAGGACGUGGAUAUGGGUGAGAUCGUCAUGGGGAACAUCGCUUUGAGCCGCUACACCAGACCAACUCCUGUCCAGAAAUAUGCCAUUCCUAUCGUCAAGUCCAAGAGAGACCUCAUGGCCUGUGCACAGACAGGUUCUGGGAAGACGGCGGCGUUCCUGCUGCCAAUCCUCAGCCAGAUCUACGCUGAUGGACCAGGAGAAGCUCUGAACGCAGCUAAAGCCUCUGGGCAGGAGAACGGAAAGUUCGGCCGUCGCAAGCAGUACCCCAUCUCUCUGGUCCUGGCUCCGACCAGAGAACUGGCCCUGCAGAUCUAUGACGAAGCCAGGAAGUUUUCCUACCGCUCCAGAGUGCGUCCCUGCGUAGUUUACGGAGGAGCAGACAUCGGCCAGCAGAUCAGAGACCUGGAGAGAGGCUGCCAUCUGCUGGUGGCCACACCUGGAAGACUGGUGGACAUGAUGGAGAGAGGCAAGAUAGGACUGGACUACUGCAACUACCUGGUCCUGGAUGAGGCGGAUCGAAUGCUGGACAUGGGCUUUGAGCCGCAGAUACGACGCAUCGUUGAGCAGGACACCAUGCCGCAUAAAGGCAUCCGGCAGACCAUGAUGUUCAGCGCCACCUUUCCUAAAGAGAUCCAGAUCCUAGCGAGGGAUUUCCUGGAGGAGUACAUCUUCCUGGCCGUGGGCAGAGUGGGUUCCACCUCGGAGAACAUCACUCAGAAAGUGGUGUGGGUGGAGGAGAGCGAUAAGAGGUCUUUCCUGCUGGACCUGCUCAGCGCUACGGUCAUCCCCAGCGAGGUACAGGACAGUACUGGAGACAACAUAGAGAAACCCGGCAAGGACUCGUUGACUCUGGUUUUUGUGGAGACCAAAAAAGGCGCCGACGCCUUGGAGGACUUCCUGUACCGGGAGGGCUACGCCUGCACCAGUAUCCAUGGCGACCGUUCCCAGAGAGACCGAGAGGAGGCCCUGAACCAGUUCAGAUCAGGAAAAUGCCCCAUUCUGGUGGCGACGGCGGUGGCAGCUCGGGGUCUGGACAUCUCCAACGUGAAGCAUGUUAUUAACUUCGACCUGCCCAGCGACAUAGAGGAGUAUGUGCACCGUAUUGGACGUACAGGACGAGUAGGAAACCUGGGGCUGGCCACGUCGUUCUUCAAUGAUAAAAACGGGAACAUCACUAAAGACCUGCUGGACAUCCUAGUCGAGGCCAAACAGGAAGUUCCCUCAUGGCUGGAGAGCCUGGCCUACGAGCACCAGCACAAGAGCAGCAACAGGGGGCGCUCUAAGAGGUUCUCCGGUGGUUUCGGGGCUCGUGAUUAUCGUCAGACGGCCGCUGGAGUCAAUGCUGGAGGGUUUGGAGGACGUGGAGGACGCAACCAGGCAGGACACGGAGGAACCCGUGGGUUUGGAGGAGGUGGCUUUGGUAACUUCUACACCAGCGACGGCUACGGAGGCAACUACUCACACUCUCAAGUCGACUGGUGGGGCAACUAGGUUUCUCCAUCGCUUCACUCAUCCCUCUUUCCUCCUCUCACUCCUCCUCCAUCCCAUCUGUCUCGUCAUUAACCCCAACAACCCACAUGCAUGUUAUUAAACUAUUUAUACUCAUUUAUAUAGCGCUCCCUCCAUCCUCUUCCACUCACGUCUUUCAGUUCCUCCUUGGAUUUUUUUUUUCUUGUGCUUCUCAUCUCCACCUUUUCUUGAUUUCUCGAUCUCUCCUUCUGAAAUAGGCCACAUUAUACAGGGACUCCUACAUUUUAGUUGGUUACUUUUCGACACUGGACACAGAUUUGCUUGUUACCUUCCAGCUUGCAACCAACCGCCUUUGGUUUCCUUGAGUGUGACGCGUCAGAAGAGAACUAACCAAUUAAAGCUGUGGGUUUUCUGUAACCUCUAAUAUAGGAUGUGUGGACUUCUCCAAAACAGCUGCAGAAAGGGGAAUAUUCUUUUUUUUUUUUUUUUCCACUUUAGAUUUGAGUUUUGGCUUCAUCGUGUUUUUGUCGGCUUCACCCAGAGCCAGUCGGGCUCCCCGUGUAGCUUCACAUCAUCUUUGUAUUUAACGCAUGGCCAUGUUGUAAAUCACCGGCCAAAACCUUUUCUAAAACAUAGAGAUAGGCAAGACGUCAACGCAACGUAUGUCUGCAUAUAAUUUCAGAAAUAGGAACUGGCUGAGGUCUCCUUCACUUGUAGGACAGAUACAUAAAAGGGGCCACAGAAAAACAGCUAAGUGUUCAUUUUUUUUUUUUUUUUCACCUUUUUAAAACAUUAAACUCUUGAUUCACCACGGUCUGAAGAGACAAGGGGCUGGACAAACUGAGACACCCAGUCAGUGGGACGCCAGCAGUAACGCUAGCAAACGGUCUUAGGACUUGUGGUUGUUGAUUACAAGCAGCAUUUCAUUGUUUUAAGCAAAAACAUUAUGGAGAAUCAUUUGUUUCUGUACUGUGCCUUUAAGAAUUUGAACUUUGUCUCUUAUUUCUGUUGUUUUUAUUGCCAUAACACGUAACUGGCUGCAAGUACAGGCCGACGGUGACUAAAAAAAAUGUGUAUUUAAUGUCAUGUAUGGGUUUAAACAUGUUUUUCUUCAUUUCCAUUUGGAAGGAAACAAACUAGGCUUGAACUAAAUCAAACCUUGGCAAAAAAAAAAAAACAAACACAACUAAAUCUGCGAUGAGGAAAGUCAAAGCGAUUCCUUAUCUGACUAUUGGAGUGAAAAUUCAUCAGGAGGACUCCGACGACCUGAUUCCCAAAAGCAUCUAACCGCUGUACGCUUAGAUUAUUUUUAUAGAGCCUCAUCCAGUCACUAAAAUGGGUCAAAAAUGACAGUACAGUUCUCUUGUUAAAAAGCCAACGAGCAGAUUUAGCCGCAGUGGUUUUACGCUUUGGGGAAUCGGAGUCCUCCUCGCUGACCGGUGUGUCACCUCUACAGCUCUGCGUUGAGCUCGCAGUUGUUUUCUCAAAGCCAUCUUGUCACUAACUGUUGGGUGGCUUGAUGCCGCUGACGAAGCCUCGCUGUGCAGCAGCCGUGUGAUGUUGCUGCUCACCCUCUCACCGUUCAGAGAUGCAGAUCCUCGUAACUCCACUGUGUCGACCAGUCAGUCACUGUUAAACCUCUGAGCUCCAACCAGCUUCAAUCAACAGAUUUCCAGGCGUUACCAAUACUAGACAUAAUGGUGGCUCUACAUAAAAUGGAUAUUUUAUGACUUACAUUUUUAAUUUGUUUCCAUGCUUGUCUCUUAUUUGCUUACACAGCCUGCAGUUCAAUCCAGUCCGACUAAAAGUCCCUGGAUUUUUGUCCUUUUGGUCACAGUUGAGUCGCUAUUGCUGCGCUGCUGCAACAAGGAGUGGAAAAUGUUUUGUUUUUUACAGGAUCUGGUUUGUUCAAAUGGGUCUAUUUUUGACAUGUGGAGUAAAAUGAGCUUGAUAAAAUAUCACGAUUUUCAGCUUAGAUUUGGAUAAUUUCCCCAGUGCAGCAGUACGUCAGAUGAUUAGUUAAAAACUCAUUGAUUCUUUCUGUUUUUACAACGUCUGGCUUCGAUAGAUGGUGUCAGUUUGGAAUUCUUUUAUUAUUUUUAAGGCGACAUGCUUUUCAAUUCACCGGUGGGUUUCAGGGUUCAGAGGGUCUCUUCCAAGAGGGACUUGAGGGCGUUGUUGGAGUUUAGAAACGACAAACAUCACAUGGCUGCUGCUGAAAACCGCAGCGAUGGGACGGUUUCAGUGGUUGUUGAGUCGACUCUUAGUGCCACCAUGCUGUUGAGAAACUGUCUCUGCUUCCACCACAAACAUUGAAACCCUUGUUUGCCAAAAGCUUCUUUCAAGGGGAUACACAACUAAAAGAGUUCAAAAUUUUCUCGCUCACUCUAUCCUGGAGAGUUACACGAAGAGUCUUCUCUAAAAUAAGUCAUUCCAGUUUAUUCGUUAGGUCUUUAAGAGCCGUUGUGGUUGGGGAUUAAAGUGAAGAAUUGGAUAGCGUCGCCUUGUUUGUUUCACAGCAGGGCCAGCUGGAGCCUCCCGAGGAUGUGACGCCACGUAUCCACAGUACAUUUUAGCCACGAUCAGGCACAAGACGUCCUUUAAUCAGAUGUUUAACAUUUCACACUUACAAACCAAAGAGAAUUACUCAACGCCUGCUGAAGAUCGCCAGCGCUUACAUUCCUUACAUUCAGCAGAUACUCUCUGCUUUGCUGCGUCUCGUCAGUCUUACAACAUUUACAAACUGCUAACUUGCAGGUCAUCCACACGCUGGCAGCUUACGACACAUUUCAAACCCUUGCACCUUGUUUUCCAUCCCAACCCACAGGUACGCCGCUCUCACAUCUCUUAGCACUGAUGCAUGUCGGCUCUCCAGAAGCUGCAGUUUUGCUUUCUGGACCGGCAGUGUUGGAUGACGAAUCCACCAUCUGUCUGCAUGACGUAUCCUAAAUCUGCUGUGGGUAUCAGUUGGCACAUGAUAAACAGCAACAUAGCUGGUGUGUGAUGGACUGAGGUCCUGCUAGAGAUGUUACCGAGCUCAACCGUCAAAAACAGAUCGGCUAAACUGUGCUGGAGAGAAAGGUGGUGUCAGAACUGAUCGCAUGUAAUCAGUUUCUGAUCGGUUGGCUCUGCUGUGGAACCAGGCUUCAAGGGGCAGUUGAGCUGCACCCUCGUCGUCCAUGUUUCAUCCCUGAUUGAACCCGUAAAGGGAACUCCACUGUACAUUUGGAUGGUUCAGUGGUGGAAGUCCAACCCCCCACUGUGUAAGUCAGCAGCAGAAUAAGCCAAAAACAUGCUCUGUUGCUACCAAGUGGGGAAAAAUGUUAGUUUUUAUCAGGCUCUUAAUUUGUUUUGUUUACAUGAAGGUUAAAUGUACAUAGUUCAGCUCUUCUUAAGACAAAAAGAGGUGAAUCUCCACAGGAGAAAAAUGGGAAUUAUACACAAAACAACACUUGUGUAGAAAAUUGUUGGAUCACUCAACAUUGGACCAGACGAUGUUUGGUAAGCUUAGAUCAGAGGGCAAUUUGAACCCAAUGGAAAGAUGAAUUCUUUUCAUAGAGUAAACUACUUAUGUUUACACAUUAAAAAACAGUAUGGAGACUUUAUUUACCAGUUAAAGUUCCCUCAAAUUGCCCACUGACUUUGACAAAUGACAAGGCUGGACCAAGACAAUAAAACAUAUGCAAGUGUUGUUGUUUUUUUGGUCAAGGAGUUAAAAAUGCCAAGCAAAUGCAUCCAAUUCUACAGCAGGCUUUAGUUUUGUUAGAACUUUGUGAUUUUUCCUGUCUUCUUUGAUGUUUAGACCACUUUUUAAUCAGGCGUUCAGCUCAGAUUUGUUUCCCUCGAGUACAUUUGGAGGGAGUUUAGGGAAACUAGUCGGCUUUAACGAUGUCGAAGAGUUUCGGGCUGAGUCACGUAGAAAAUACACAAACUAGAUUUUCCAAAGACACCAGUCUCUUGUGUUGGAAUUUAGGGAGGAAAAUAUCUCACUAAAUCGAGGACAGCUGUCAAAGGAUGUAACAUUAUGUAGAAAUUAAAGACACCACACUCCACCAUGUCCACUAUUUAUAAAUGAACCAAAACAGAAGAUCAGUUUUGCAUUUUCUUUUAGCUACUGUCAAAGUGUCAGAUAAACCAUAAUUGUAGCUCAGACAACUGUAUGUUACUGUGGUUGGAGUGGCACACUAAUACAGGCUUAACUACUAUGAGCUCCGGUUGAAUCAGCGAUUUAAUUGUUGACCUGAACUGUCAGAGGCGUCCCAGUAGCUGGUUUUAGCGCCUGUUUACCAAUCAGAGUUUUUUUUUUCUGUGAAUAAAUACGCAUUUUAUUUUCUCCUGCAGUAGCAGUGGCUGGUCUCCAUCUUGGAUUUCUUACCAGAAUUAAGUAGGACUGAAUAACCAGCAGGGAGACAGAAAUCAGUAACGGGACAAUAAUUUGCAAACGACAAUCAAUUAUGAAGGAUUUGCUUUGUUCAGAAAUCACCUUACACAUGAGCAGAAGUUUUUAAGUUGCACCUUUACAUGUAGAAGUUUUAUCAAGUAGCUGUUUUGUCCUCCAUGACGGAGAAACUGAGCUUAUUACCUGACAGUUGAAGAUCCCCUCUGAUUACGUUGCUUUGUGCAGGAGCAACCCCAAAUCCCCAAAUUGCUGAUGUCCUGGAGAUUAUCACAGUUUGAAAUUUGUUCCAAAAUCAGCUUCUACCUUUAGGUAUCGUCUGCUGACAGAGUGAACUUUUGUUCUUCUUUGCAUUUGUUCCAUGAAUCCAUAGCAUGCAGUUAGUGCUGUCUGUUCUGUUUUAAUUCAAAUGCUAAAUCUGCUAAAAUGCCUUCUAAAGGAGGAUAUGCAGAAUGAAUCUGGUUGCGUGUUGAAGUUGCUGUGCCUUCUACCGGCCACUAGGGGGCAGAUAGAGUAACUGUAAUAAAAAAUGAAGGGAUUGGCUGCUGGGCACAUUGUUCCUGCUGGUUGUGUUGACAGGAGUUUUAAAGGGAGUACUGGAAGAUUGAACUUCACUUUACCUCUUUUACAUCUUGUUUAUCGAUCAAGUAGUAUUGUUCGAGUAUAAAUAUGUAUUUAGUUGUGUUUUUUCUCCAGGGCAGACAGGUUUUAUCUGUUUGGUGUAAUUACCACUGAAUUGUCUUAGAGCAACAUUUAACUACCACCGUGCCCCAAAUUGCCCACCCCACCUCAUCAAAGUACACCCCUGGGUCGCUGAACAUCUUCCCUAAGUGCAGUCGGGUUCAGUGAGCUGUGGCUCGUUUCCACUUUGAGGCCACCAAGAUUCUCUGCUUGAGCUUUGCUAGUUUUCUGUCUGAGCUCUAUUUGUAUUAGAGCACAAACCAGUAAAAUCUAAUUCUGACACGUGUGGUGCCUUGAAAUGACUGAAACUAUGAUUCACUGGAGACUGAAAUAGUUGGGGCUGGGUAUUUUUCAAUCCAGAUGUAAAAUCCAAACUCCUACAUGAAUAGGUUCUUUGACUGUAGAGGUAUGUGAAAGUAGAAGCUGUAGUGCAUGUCACCAUCGUACACAUCAGUGGCUCAAACGGAUUCAGUUUUCCCCGGCUAAGCUGAGUACUUGUGCUGAAACUUGGACAUGUAGUUGCCAUUUUGUGCCAUUAAUGUUGCAAUUUUUUAGCAAUUUUUUAGCUUUUUAGCCACAUGAAUGGCAGGGCAUUAUGGUUGAGGAUGUAGGUCAGUCACUUGGUCCACCACUUCGGUUUUGUUUUAAAAUAAGACUCAGUCCCCUGACAUCCCUGUUAUCAUACUGACUCAUUGGAUGUAGACUUCAGGUAUAAGUGCAUUUCACAUUAGCUAUUGUUUUCAAAAUCCUCCUCACAAACAAUGGCAACAACCGCCAGGCAGCGGCCUAUCGCAUUGAAAAGAUCAUGUUUUGCAGAGGAUUUGGAUUGUUCAGUGAGGAAGCUCCACUGUGGUUGCCUCUCUGAGUGCAAAUGUUCCACCAAAACGAUUCCCUCUCUUUCAAGGGGACACUGUUACUGCAUCCCGGGCUUAGUUUCGCCCAAUACGACUGUGAUGGGUUUAAAGAAAUACUAACAAGCCAGAGCAUUUUUUUCUUCCUGUAGCAGAAUGAUAAAUAUGCACAGCGAGAAUGUUUUGUACUGUAGAAUGGUCUGACGGUUCUGUGUCGUACAAGGUGUCCCUAAAGUCUGGAAACAUAGGAAGUCUCAUUAACUAUAAUAUUUUUGCCUCCACAGAUUAAAUAUGGCGUUGUUAACAGAGCGAAGCCUUGAACUGGUAUUUCUCAGUGGACGUGAAGGAGGGACAAAGCCAUAUUUAAUAUGGGGAGGCAAAAAUAUUAUAGUUAAUGAGAUUUCCUAUGUGUCCAGACUUUAGGGACACUGUAGAAUGGUUUGACUGUUCUGUGUUGUAGAAUGGUCUGACUGUUGUAGAAUGGUUUGACUGUUCUGUGUUGUAGAUUGGUCCGACCGUUCUGUGAUGUAGAAUGGUCUGACUGUUCUGUAGAACAGUCGGACUAUGCGAGAUAAGGGCCAUCACUUUGUUUUAUGGCUAUAUGCCCACGAAACUCACCUUCUAAUUAUCAUAAAUGCUGUCCUCUAGACGCUGUGUUGUCAGUGUCAUUGCAUGGAUGUCUACUGUUAGCAUUUCAUUGUACCUGCACAGGAGCUGUAGCACGUCUGUUUUAGCCACUCACUGUUGAGAUGGGUGGUGUAAAGUGAAUAUAUACACACCCUCACACAUACUCUAAAUUUGUUUGGACCAUUCUCGGUUUAUUUCCUCUGAAAGAAAACUCCAGCACUUUAGUUUUUUAUUUCCAAAACCUUCUGAUGCCUUAAACACAGGGUGAUACCCAGCCCUAAUGGAGCAGAUAGAGCAGUUACUGUGGACAGCAUUGAUUCUGCGUCGCUGCGGUAACUGAAUUACUAGCAGGAGUGCGUUGAUGGUCAGAAAACACUUAAUGGUGCUAUGCUCCCAUUGCUGCGGCCUGCAGGCCCAUCUGUAGUAGAAAGACUUCAAACCCCACAGAAAAUACUUCAGUUACUUCGUUCAACUAAAGUCUUCUGUAGCACAUGUCCUUGAAGCCUCCGAGAGGUGUGUAUGACUGAGAGUGUAGCAGUGUAGUGUGUCUAAAAGAGAGGUUUUUCCACAGUUUAGUGUGCGUGUGUGAGUGUGUGUUGUAUGGAAAGGUUCUUCCAGAUAUAAAACAGUUUGUUUUCUUUUUUUAGUUGGGACCAGGUGGAGUUCUAGUUAACAGCAACUGUAGGAUUCAGCUGUUUGCACAGAGUUCUCGAGUCUACUUUCGCUGCUAGUUUGUGUAACUUAUCAAGCAUUUUUGAGAAAUAUUUAUUUUUAUAAGCCUAAUACAAAAAGUUGAUAUUUUACAAAGUGACUUGACCAAAAGACAGUAAACAAAAACACUGGCACUUGAAUGUUGAAUGUCAUUGGUAUGAGUGAAAAUUUCUAUUUUUCUGGGGUAGUGUGAGCUUUUUAAUGUUAAAGAUGCAACGUGUGGCGGUUUCUCCUUCAAUAUGUCACCAGAACCAGCUGUGUUUACAUACAGAGGCUUUAAAAAGUUCACUAAACUGGGCCGACACAAAGCAAGCUGCUCCCACAUCUUUCUAUCAUCAAAACGUUUAAACUAACAUUUGUCCAAACUGGACUCUAAAAGGCAGAACUUCUCUUAUGCAGGUACUCGUUACUUGUCUUUAUUAGCUAAUAAAGACUUCAGUUCACGCUAAAAUCUCCCAACAACACUUGAAAUAAGUGCAGAUACUUGUGGUAGGAUCGAUAUUUGACGUCUUUACUGACAUCUCAAAGUUUCCUUUAUUGAUGCUAGCAUUUAGCCGUUAAUAUAAAGUAUCACACACUCAGCACAGUCACCUGCUUUCCUCGUGUAACUUUAUCUUGCAGUAUCCACGUGUAUUCUGGGUACUGUAGUUCCUGGAACAUCAAUAUAUGUGUUUAUAUUAAGGUCAAAAAUAAGAGAAGCACUAGUGUACAUAUUCCUACUGGUCUCGGCUCGUCCCUUUUCUGUCAUUUACAACACUAGAGUCCAACCGAUGCUGGAUUUAUUUUAAGCUGCUGUCAAUAAAUCUUCUAAUAUAUAAUGUGUAUAUUAUGUUGAAAAGAGAAAAAGAUGCCGUCAUUGUCAACUUUUCAGCAUUUCACAAACUAGUUAGCUGUUUAUCGAAAUGACAAAGCUCAGCUCUGCACCACCGUCUGCUCUGCUACAUGUGCUGCACAGACUAUCGUACAAACUAAUGUGACACUGAAGUUACUCCAAGCGUCUUUCUCCACAUCAUGUUGGGUAAAAUCAAGUUUUCCUAUCAGCAGACAGUAAUCUGAAGAUCUCUUGAAGCUGAAGCGCCUCCAGUUGUGUUCCAGCUGCUGCGACGGUGACAUACGAAGAGAAACUUUCCACACAGGUUACCUUUAAAGUCACAUUGGACUCAGUAUCAGACCCACUGACCUGUUCUGGUGACGGGUUCCAUUGCCAAUAACGAUAAUCAACCACAAACAGCCGUUUUUAAUUGGCAAACAAAUUUGAGAAAGUACCACCAUAUAUGCCAAGGUUUGGAUUAAAAAAAAUUUACAAAACGUUAUGAUCAAAGACCAUUUUGUAAAAAAAAGACAAACAAACAUGCAACACAAAAAACAAGUGUCCAGAUUCUCUCCAAAUCAGUUUAUUUUGUUCUUUUUUGAAUCUUUACACUUUUCCUUCUCGUUGAUACCCUCGUUGUGAAUGUCUGGCCAGUGGCGACCUUUAAAGUCUUCAUAACACAGGAUUAACUGUGGUUCUAUUGCUAUGUUGUUGUGGUUUGCAUAUUUUCAGGCGUGUUAGUGCUGCCACAGGUGAGCGUCUGGCCGGUCAGAAAUGGGGAUCCAUCCAGAUGUCUUUCACAAAGUGACAAAAGAGCUUUUUUAAAUUGCAGCUGAUCAGUUUUCAUGUGUCCUGCAUGAGAAGAAUAACUUCACUGUCGGUCCACUAAGCACAGACCCCAGAGAACCCGCCGUCAUCGACAGCUUUGUAUGCACAAACAUUUUGCAACGACUUUCUGAAGUUCUUGUGAAAGUUCAGUCUGGGAAACACUCGGCGGCUUUAUUUCACCUUCAGUCUGAUUAGUAGGUGAUCUCCAAUCUAGAAGUGUGUAGUUGUGUUUAGGAACGAUUGCUGUUUUAGAGUUGAAGUGAAAUAACGGAGCUCGGUGCCGUCGUCAUUCCCGACCGGCCGGACCCCCUCAGUGUGACCCGGCAGCACCGGCCUGCUAGUUAGUAUUUGCUUUAUGUAUUAGUUUAGCAGAUGUGCACGAAGAGCACUGCACGAAGAAAAAAAACUGUGCAACUAUUCUGAUUUUACCACAAUUAAAGGUUUGGAUUUGCAGAUGUAA